GCAACCAUACAGCUUUAGCUUUCAGAAGAGUGAGGCGCAGAUCUUUUCUCUUCAUCGAAGCUGAUUGUCCCGUCCCGCCUAUAGGAUAUUUUUUAACCCGCUCCCUUCUAAACUCAAGCGAAUGGCGUGCGGAGUCCUUCACGGUUUACCUCACUAGUCGGUUGUCUUAAGUGUACACUGCUGAAUCCUGUUUCCAGAGGGUAAUUUUAGCUCACUGCAUUGCAGCCGCUAGAGCUGCUGCUGGAAUCAGACAGCUUUACAAUGGCGACUCCCGGUCACAGCACCAAGUCGCCAACUUCAUGCAAUAGGAGUAUUAGCGCUGCAGGAUCCGUGUUACACCACCCGCAGAUGCAGACGCAACACUUCAUGACAGUCAGCAACAUGCAGGAUUCUAAUACAUGCUGUAGGUGUCAAAAUGAAACGGGAUUUCAAAUAAAUCUCUCUGGAGUAACUCAAAGUAAACGCAAAGCACUGAAGUUAAACUUUGCCAAUCCACCAGUCAAACCAACUGCAAGGCUUCCCGUCACAACAGCUAAUCCUCCAUUCCAGAACCCUCACAUAGAGAGGAUGCGGACACACAGUAUCGAGUCGUCAGGAAAGCUGAAGAUUUCUCCAGAGCAACAUUGUGACUUCACGGCUGAGGAUCUGAAGGAUCUGGGGGAAAUCGGGAGGGGAGCCUACGGCUCUGUCAACAAUAUGGUGCAUAAACCCAGCGGACAAAUCAUGGCCGUCAAGAGGAUUCGCUCCACCGUUGAUGAGAAAGAACAGAAACAACUUCUCAUGGAUUUAGAUGUAGUGAUGAGGAGUAGCGACUGCCCAUAUAUUGUCCAGUUCUACGGCGCUUUGUUUCGAGAGGGCGACUGUUGGAUAUGUAUGGAGCUUAUGUCUACCUCCCUUGACAAAUUCUACAAAUAUGUAUAUUGUGCAUUAGAUGAUGUCAUUCCAGAGGAAAUAUUAGGCAAAAUUACAUUAGCAACUGUGAAAGCACUUAAUCACUUGAAAGAAAACUUGAAAAUAAUCCACAGAGACAUCAAACCCUCGAACAUUCUUCUGGAUAGAAAUGGCAACAUUAAGCUUUGUGAUUUUGGUAUCAGUGGACAGUUAGUCGACUCAAUUGCCAAAACCAGAGAUGCUGGAUGUAGACCUUACAUGGCUCCUGAACGGAUAGAUCCCAGUGCGUCUAGACAAGGCUAUGAUGUCCGCUCAGAUGUAUGGAGUUUGGGAAUCACGUUGUAUGAACUUGCCACGGGACGUUUUCCCUACCCCAAAUGGAACAGUGUGUUUGAUCAGCUGACACAGGUGGUGAAGGGAGACCCUCCACAGCUCAGCAACUCCGAGGAGAGGCAGUUUUCACCCAAAUUCACCCAGUUUGUCAAUCUAUGCCUUACAAAAGAUGAGUCGAAAAGACCAAAGUACAGAGAACUGCUGAAACAUCCAUUUAUCCUGAUGUAUGAAGAGCGAGUUGUGGACGUUGCCAGUUAUGUUUGUAAAAACUUAGAUCAAAUGCCCACCUCCCCUGGCUCUCCCAUGUAUGUUGACUGAUGGUGACCGGUCUGUUGAACAGAAUACGGAUCGGCUACCAUUUGGUGUACAUACAGCACCUCACUUAAUGGAAGUUUUACUGAAUUACAAAUCCUACUUUGAAAUGUUGAUCUCUGUGAUGAGGGUUUUAUUUCAAAGCACUGAUGCUCUAAUUCAUUUAUUGCACCAAAAUGUGGUUGAGGUGGGUGUAUACAGUUGCUUUACUGUACAGUUGCCAGAAUACUGCUUUGUUACUUUGCAAGUGGUUUUGCUCCGUUUGGCCUCAAUAUAUAGGUAAUUUAUUUUGUAUUUCAGUGCUUCGAAAUAAAAAUAUUAAGGACAAAAACUGAAUGUUUUUUUUUCAUUCAGUAAAAUGAAAGAAUUGGUUAAUGGUCUAUUUUUUUCUGCUAGGCAUCAAUCAUAUACAAAGAAUCAAGUGAUUGUGUGAAAAGAGAAUUGCUUUCCAGUCCCUAAUGUUUUGUGCAAUAAGAAACGGCUUCAAUUUAAACCAUGGUGUGUAAACCAAUGCUAUAGCUAGCUUCAGCAAAACAGCCUUUGGCAUUUCAUUGUCUUGUGUUGUGUGUCUAUGUGUGUGUGUGUGAUCAUUUUGAUUUUAAACUUAACCUGAAUUUGACCAUUUCAAGAAAAAGACUAUCAGAUCCGGCUCUGUCUGUUCGCUACUUAAACACAUAUGUUCACCAAAAUGGUAUUGCUCUGAAACACAAAAGGAAAAAUGGAAAAAAAAAGGUUUUGCUUAAUACGUGUACAGAAAAUCAGAAAAACCACACUCAAAUGCAUUUGACACAAUUGUCAUACUUUUUAUUUAAUGAGGUAUUGUACUACAUAAACGAAAUGUUAAGUAGCUCUACUCUCUAAAUAUGAAAUAUGAGGUCUUGAUCCAAAUUGUUUUUAUGAUAUCAAAGAGAAAUGUGUCUUGUGUACAGAAUGCAUAUGCAGGGCACUUCUCAUCCACUCUAAAUGUGUAUUUAUAGAGACUUUUUUUUUCCCUGACAACAUGGUCAAACUGUAGAACGGAGGUUUCUCCAUUGUUUCACAGAUUUCUCAGAAAGCUUGACCUUUGAGCAUGUUAUGGUUGGAUAUGGCAUGCGUGGAUGGAUUGUGCCUGGAGCUCAGACCCUAACCCUCAAAUUGUAAUUCACUGAUAGAUCAAUUAUUUUAAGAGAUGUGCAGCGGUUAUCAAAUAAUUUUGUGGAAAAAUGGUUUGAUUGUACACUUAUGGCCCUAGAUAGUGUUGUUGUUGAGAGAGUUUUUUAAGUGUCAGAAAAACUUAAAUAUAGUUCACAUGUUACUCAUCAAUUGCCAACAGCCUAUGUAGUGAGCGUCUAAUGAUUGACCUUGAAGAAUGAAUAAUGUGCCAAUCGCAAAUCACCAGAAUGUUUAGUAAAGGGGUAAAAUAUUUUUAAGGACGAUGUGUAUAAUAUUGUAUCAAGAGUCAAAAAUGUGUACAGAAAAAUCACUGUGAAAAUAUUUUAAGUGUACGGUGAGAACAGUAAUCUGUAAAAAUUGUAACAAGGAAACAUGCAGGGAUUAAUGUUGUAGGUGUUUAGGUUUGGAUAUAUUAAGCUUUUCCUGCUUUGGGCUUUUGUCUUAUACAUGUCACAUAUUUAAUGAGAACACAUGAAACCGACUUCUCGUUAUAAUAUGAUCAAAGUAUUUGCCUGCAGGUCAUGAACUUUGUCAUUUUGCUCUGUUAGGUCUGAACACACAGAUGGUCUAUAUGCUAGAAUAAAACCAAUUACUCAGCCA